ACGAUGCGAAGAACGCAACAGAGGUCCGCGAGCAAACGCCUCCAAAGUCCAAACCCAUCUCGGUCGCCGGAGAACGAGCAGCGGCGGAGGCGAUGUCGUCCCCGGAUCCCGGCCGCACGCCGGCGCAAGGCGAGGAAUCUGCCUCCACCUCCCCGUGGCCUCUCCGCAAGCUCCAGAGUUUCACACCAGGGCUGUGGUCACAAUACAAAGCUUAUGAGGAUGCAGUUGUCGAGGGCACUAAAGGAACUAUUGCGGAUGCUCUGGUUCUUGUGAGAGAGCAUCAGACGGAGGCAAUUGGAUGUGCCACUGUUGCAGGAUUCAUUCUGUUCAGAGGUCCUCGAAGAUUUUUAUACCGCAAUACCUUUGGCCGUUUCAAGACUGAGAAGGAUUUACUGAAUGAUGCUGAGCAAAGUAUGAUGGAGUACAAAACAUCUAUUCAGAACUUGAAGAAAGAAUCGAAAUACACUCUUGACAAAGUAGCUGUUGGUGAAAGUGAUCUGCAGCGUGGACGAACUGAUUUGAGAUCUACUGGGAAGCAGAUCCAAUCUCUUAUAGGUUCCAUUUACAAAGCAGAAUCUACAGCUGCAGGUCUGAUGGAUAGACUAAGAACCAUUCCAACCAGGCAAUCUCUCGAGCUGCGAGCAGAGGUGGCUUCCAUGGCUUCCGAUUUGAAGAACCAGAGAUGUGCCUUGCAGGAAAGGAUCAACAAAAUUUCUGAAUAUGGUGUCCGUGUCUGAACUGCACCGUCUGUACAUUUCCCCUGAUAGAGCCUCUUUUGGUCCUUCCGUACAAUAAAUUUUGAAUCCACCCUGAGAGAUGCGCAUUUUGAUACGACCAAAGUUCCGUUUUGGAUUCUAACCUUUUUUUUUGUCAGCAUUUUUCAAAUGCUAGGACAAACAUUGUAACUCAUCACAACCAUAAAUUGUUCCUGUCACUAAUGUUGAGCAUUGCUCGAUUGCAAGGAAAACUUUGUUCCACCUUU